AUGAACGGCUGCACGAAGCCUGUGACCGAGGCAUGGCCCUGGAGCCCGGGGCUAGCUGGAACUAAGAGCUCCCGGCAAGGAGGAAGCUCUGUACGGAUCACCUCGAUGUUUGAUGUCAUGACUUUGCACUUUUACACACGAGAGACAUUUGACCCGUAUCUAAAUGCACGACAGACAGAUACAGCCUGGGUACCACUAGCGGUUAACUCUAAGGCGCCCACGGUGAAGCUUUUGAUGAUCGAAAUAAUGCAAGACCACCAAGCCAAAGUCAACGCGAUCCCGACCGAGGCAGAUCAACUUGGAACUGCGGCUCCUUCAGUAAAGCAUUGCUUCUUUUUUCUGGCUAGUCAACAACCACCCAUGGUCCUGUGA